CUCAACGGGGGUUAAGGAAAAAAAGUUCAAUGUCAGACUUGUUUGACGCCGGAGCCACGAAGUGCGCGGUUGGGCAGCUCCCUCCGCUCCGGGAAUCACCUCACCUCACGUUACUUCUUGUAGCGAGCCCUGCCUGGCUCAACAGGUACACCCAAGGGCGAUAUGUUAGUUCAGUUAAUCACGUCCUGAUUAGUUUUCUCCGUGUUCCUUAUGUAGCAUGCAUUGUGCUACAUGUACACCAGCCAAUUUUUUUCCCCAAUUUUUAGAUUUCUUUUACCGUGUAUAUCUCUUCAGUAAGAUCAGCAAAAAUGAAAUUCAGCAAAAGAAUAUAUGACUAAUGAUAAUGCGUGAAAAAAAGAUUGUUUCAAGCUGUGUGGACUGGCCUCAUAUCAUCUAUUUAUGGCAGAGAGAGGAUCUGACUUUCUUUGGGUAUUAUCAAACAACUUUAGCUGUCAUAGCACCUUUUUUCUUCUGGUAUCCAUGGCUGUACACUUUCCAAGUUCUAAACAGCUAAAUCAUGACUCUCCAAACAGUCUGCUUUACUACAGUCCUUGUUCCCACAGCAGGCUUAUUCUCCACAGAUGAAAGGUGGUGAUCUUACAGAGAAAGUGCAAUCAAUCUUAAUUCAGCAUUUCCUGGCUUGCUUGAAAUAUUUUUUCUUUGUCUGUGCAAUUGUCUAGAUACCCCUUUUUAGCAAUUUGAAAAAAGCAUAAAUUCCAUUGCAGUGAAGUCCACAUGGGUCAUAAAGCACUGGGGCUUGUAGGUCCAGUGCAGAUACAUGGCACUUGGGCCAGUGGAGUGACUGAUAGCGGUAGGAGUUUGUCAUUCUUUAGACCAGCACUAGAAGACCAUUUCUGACAGUCAGGAAACUCAGUCAAGUUCCUGCGCUUCCUUCCAGGUUCUAGAGGGGAUUGUGUUUUCAUAGGCACAGACUUCUGCCUCUCUUUCCCAAGAGUAGUUCCAGCUACACAAUCAUCUGCAACUUUUUAUUUUUGAUUCACUUCUGGUAUUACCUCCCAAAUCACUAGGUCUUGCUUAUCCAUUAACAGUCUUACUUUACACUUCUCAUCCUAGCUUUCUCAUCUCCGAGCUUUCUCAGCUUGCUGCAACUCUUAUUGCUGUUCACUUUUUUUCACUCUUCUCCACUUUUCACUGUCAUUACUUGUCCAGCCAACAUCAUUUAUGUUCCUGAUUCUUCCUCUGAUCUCUUUCCCUUCAUUACACCUUGGAUAGCAUCCCAGUCCUCAUCUCCCUCUCCUAAUUCCACAUCCUAAUUUCUUCACAGAGUUCCUGACAUGUUUGGGUUUCUAUCCCAGUUCUCUUGAUCCGUCCCAUUUCUGUUCUUCACCCAGCAGAUCCAUUUCCCCUUCCUCUUACCUGUUCACCUCAAGCCAUUGUUUUGUGGCAUGAUUAACUGGUUCUUGCUUUCUCCUAGUUCUCUCCUUACCUCCCAAUAUCAACUCCUAGUUUCUGGUUUCUUAAUUUAUACAGUCCCAAUCUGUUUUUCUGCAUGAUACAGUUUUGUUGCCUAUUCAGUGCUAGUUACAGCUUCUACCUCUGGUACCUUCUACCUUCUUUCCUUCUGCCCUACGUUUACCUGAACUCCUGAUUCCAAACUUUCUUUUUCUUUCUUCUGCAUCUGAGUUGGAAAGUUCUGUCUUCUGUGCUGCCUGCCAGGACAGUCAUUGUGAACUCAGCAGAUGCAGGUUCCUUGCUCUUAGUUGCAGGACCACACGGGGAGUGGGGAAAGUCCAAUUUUAUGCCUGUAGCUAUGAGCUGGAGAGAUGAACCUACUUAGUGGCUUGAUGGAAAGGAAGCACAGCACAGUGUGCACUGGGUACAUGGAAUUCUCACAAGCCAACAACCAAACUCUUCAUUGAUGGGAAGUUUGUUGAGUCCAAAACUACUGAAUGGAUUGAUAUCCACAACCCGGCCACAAAUGAAGUGGUUGGCCGUGUACCAAAAGCCACGGCCAGUGAGAUGGAGGCAGCUGUGGCUUCUUGCAAAAAGGCUUUUUGGAACUGGUCAGAAACAUCUGUUUUGAGUCGCCAGCAAAUCUUCCUGCGUUAUCAACAACUCAUCAAAGACAAUCUGAAAGAAAUUUCAAAACUCAUCACCUUUGAGCAAGGGAAGACCCUGGCUGAUGCUGAGGGAGAUGUGUUCCGAGGCCUCCAGGUGGUUGAACAUGCUUGCAGUGUGACAUCCCUCAUACUGGGAGAGACCAUGCCCUCCAUCACUAAAGACAUGGACACUUACACCUACCGUCUGCCUCUGGGUGUGUGUGCUGGAAUUGCACCGUUCAAUUUCCCAGCCAUGAUUCCUCUUUGGAUGUUCCCCAUGGCUAUGGUUUGUGGAAACACCUUCUUGAUGAAACCAUCUGAGCGUGUACCAGGAGCACUCAUGUUCCUUGCCAAGCUGUUUCAGGAUGCUGGUGCCCCCGAUGGGACCCUGAAUAUCAUCCAUGGACAACAUGAAGCUGUGAAUUUCAUUUGUGACCAUCCGGAUAUCAGAGCAAUCAGCUUUGUGGGAUCUAAUCAGGCUGGCGAGUACAUCUAUGAGAGAGGAUCCCGGAAUGGCAAGAGAGUCCAGGCCAACAUGGGAGCCAAGAACCACGGUGUGGUGAUGCCUGAUGCCAACAAAGAGAACACCUUGAACCAGCUGGUUGGAGCUGCUUUUGGAGCAGCUGGCCAACGCUGCAUGGCCCUGUCUACAGCAAUUCUAGUGGGAGAAGCUCAGAAAUGGCUGCCAGAGCUUGUGGAGAGAGCCAAAAAUCUACGUGUAAAUGCAGGAGACCAGCCUGGAGCAGAUCUAGGGCCUCUAAUCAGUCCCCAAGCUAAGGAACGGGUUUGCCAUCUGAUUGAGAAAGGAGUAAAAGAAGGUGCCAGCCUUCUUCUGGAUGGACGUAAUAUCAAAGUGAAGGGCUAUGAAAAUGGCAAUUUUGUUGGGCCAACAAUCCUUGCCAAUGUCAAGCCAAACAUGACUUGCUAUAAGGAGGAAAUCUUCGGGCCUGUCUUAGUGGUUCUGGAAGCAGACACUUUGGAUGAUGCCAUUGAGAUGGUGAACAAUAACCCCUAUGGAAAUGGAACUGCAAUCUUCACCACCAAUGGAGCCACAGCUCGGAAAUAUUCUCACUUAGUAGACGUGGGGCAGGUGGGUGUCAAUGUUCCAAUCCCAGUACCUCUGCCCAUGUUCUCUUUCACCGGGUCUCGUGCUUCUUUCAGAGGGGACACCAAUUUCUAUGGCAAGCAGGGAGUGCAGUUCUACACACAGCUGAAAACUAUAAUUUCUCAAUGGAAAGAGGAAGAUGCCACCGUUACCAAGCCUGCUGUGGUUAUGCCAACUAUGGGAAACUAAAUCACCCCUUGCAGAUGCUGUUCCUGGUGCCCUUCUCCUUCUAUGCUGCACUUUCCAGCUUUGUCCUGACUAUCAUCAUUUCCUUGGGAAUGAAUAGAAAGCUCCAUUUUCUCAAGGACCUCUGUUUCUGUGCAGAUCAGGCAGGCUCAUGUAAUGCACAGUCUGGGCUUACUGUUGCUGUCAGUGUUUUUUGGCUAGCUGAACUCAAUUUUUUUUCCCACAACCUAUGACAGAUGAAACAACCCUAUCUAAUUGAAAGGGCAGACAGUGAGAUUGGUCUUAAUUUGUGUUUCUUUCCAGACCCUCUGAACUUGAACAUUACUCUGGUUUCCACUUCAAUAUCUUUAGCCUUAGUGACUCACUCCUGGCUACAUCUCGUAGCAUUUUUCUUUACCUCUUUAUCUUACAUGUUAAGAUUUUGAGUUCACCUUACUCAAAGAUGAGUACUCAUUCUGAGUGACAUAACUGGGACACCUUGGGUGUCUCAUAGAAGUGACUUUACAUACAACGAAGACAGCAAGUUUGGGAGUUGAAAAUGUCAGUCUUUCAUCUGUUGAGCAGUUUCCAAAACACUUGGGAAAUAGCUUUCUAAGGAUUUUUCAGGAAAUCAUAUUUGAUUGCUUGUCUGAGGAUGAAAGAAAUUCCUUGGAUGGUACAGUGACGUUCACUGUGCCUCUGACAGCUUGAAAACUUCUGUUCCUGUUGUGCGCGUGGCUUGUAUUCUCCAGCUUGCCAGCAAUUCCGUUAUACCUGAAGUUGUUUGGUGCCUUUUUACUGUGCUGACGGAUAUGUGCCUACAGGUCCUGUAACGUAAUGAAACUGUAGAAGCAGAAACAUAAGCAUGUCUAUGUAUCUUUGCGUCACAGCAUCGUGUGGGUGGAAGGUGGAGUAAGUAGAUGGGUCAGUAGGAAGAAAGAACACGUUUUUUAAUCACAAAGCAGCCAGGCCUGUUCUCUUGGUUUCUUUUCCUGACUAUGGCUGUAUUUCUUGUGUUUGAUUGAUUGACUCCUUGUCACAUUUGCUCAAACACAGUCAUGUUCUCUAGGGACUGCAGGUCCCAUUACUAGAGAAGGAUAAGACUUGGUAUACUGUGUUUUUAAGAAUCUGUGCAUUUGGAGCUGGAGAGCCUAUAUUUUUAUUCCUGGUUCCUAGGUGAUGCAGCCAUGAGGGAUCUGCAGGGAACUCAUUCAAGCACCUAUGGAAAAUAAUAUUAUUCUAAUGAUUGUAACCAUUACUUGUUCUAAUUAAACAACCUCAAUGUGAACACUUUGCAUCCUGCCUUCUGGUAAAGAUGCCUUGUAACUGACAGUUAUGUAUUAGUGCAAUUGCUGUGCAUUCACUAAUGUUUGUAUCUUGGUUUUUUCCUCUGCUAUUCCCUGGAGGGAAAUUCUCACCUUGCAAUUUGAUUACAGAUUAAAAACAUGCUAAUACAUUUCUGCAGAAUAUGACUGCUCCUUGGUAAGACAUUAUAUAGGUGUGAUGUUGACUUUAUUCCCCUUUGCAAAGGCUGGUCUGUGAUUCCUGUAACCCAUGUAUAC